GCUACCUGACAGACCCAGCUCCUCUGUGAUGCAGCUGUUUAUGCUGGCUGUGAAAACCCCAGGACACCCCGACGCCUGCUUUCAAAACGCUCAGGAGUGAGAAAUCACUGGCUAUCUAUUAUUCUGCACGUGCUGGGAUCGCAUGCGAGCAGCAGGGAAAGCCAUGUUGCCAGUCUACUCUCUGCCUCGCACAGAAAGAGAAUAUACCGCCGCUGUGAAUUUCUAAUUCAGAUUUCCCCAUUUUCCUCUGCGAGGUGAUUUGUCACUUUGUUCACUCCCUUCACACCCGCGAUCUUUUUUUUUUUUUUCCCCAGACGUGGCCCAGUGCUUUUUGUUUUCUGUCUUCAGCGUGGAAGCAACAUAUCAAGUCGGUAAUAAUACAGAAGUGUGCGAGGAGAGGACAGCGUUGGGGCAUCUAUCCAUGCGCGCUCCACACCGGGAUUUUUUUUAUUAUGGAUGUGUGACCCCAGUUUUUCCCAUCUAUACUUUCUCCAAGUUUUUUUUUCAUGUAGGGUAGGGGUAUUUCCAGCAUAUAUUCUGUGAAAUGCUCUGAAUGUCGGGCUAUUUUGCCGGCUGUCAGUGACGCAACAUCGCACACAGACUGCAUGAGAAAUACAUGCGUAGAAGGGCGUGAACUUGCAGACAGUAACCUCCUUACCGUUAAGAAAGCAUCUUCUUAUCUAUAAAGCCAGUUCCAUCCGUUUGAAAGCCCAUACACUUCACUGAUCUAAACUCAUCCCGGGGACGUAAUGGAUCUCAAAGCAGAGUCGGAGGACAUGGACUACAAGCAGCCGGCACCCAUUGAAGUUUUCGCCAGCAGGUCCACGCUGCAUGGCAUCUCGCACAUGUUCACUUAUGAGCGGAUGUGUAUUAAGCGCACCCUGUGGAUUUUGUUCUUCCUGGGCUCCGUUGGUGUGCUGGUUUUGGUUUGUGUGGACCGGGUGCAGUUCUACUUUCAGUACCCCCAUGUCACCAAGCUGGACGAGGUGGCUGCUGCGAUGAUGUUGUUCCCCUCAGUCACCUUCUGCAACCUGAACUCCUUCCGCUUCAGCCGGGUGACACGCAACGACCUGUACCACGCUGGGGAGCUCCUUGCCUUGCUCAACGGCAGGUAUGAGAUCCGUGACCCACACCUGGUGGAGGAAAAUGUCCUGCAGAUACUGAAGGAGAGGGCUGACUUUGACAACUAUAAGCCGCGCCCAUUCAACAUGCGUGAAUUCUACGACCGGACAGGCCACGACAUCAAGGACAUGCUGCUUUCUUGCUACUACCGAGGCAUGGAGUGCAGUGCUGAAGACUUCAAAGUGAUAUUCACGCGCUAUGGAAAGUGCUACACCUUUAAUUCUGGCCAAGAUGGACGACCGCUCCUGGUGACCAUGAAAGGUGGGAUGGGCAAUGGCCUGGAGCUGAUGUUGGAUAUCCAGCAGGACGAAUAUUUGCCUGUAUGGGGAGAGACUGACGAAACAUCGUUUGAAGCAGGGAUCAAAGUUCAGAUCCAUACGCAGGACGAGCCGCCGUUCAUAGACCAGCUGGGCUUUGGAGUGGCGCCGGGAUUUCAGACCUUUGUCUCCUGUCAGGAACAACGGCUGACUUACUUGCCUCCACCGUGGGGGGACUGCAAGGCCACGCCGAUGGACUCAGACUUCUUCAGCACUUACAGCAUCACAGCCUGCCGGAUCGACUGUGAGACACGAUACCUGGUGGAGAACUGCAACUGUAGGAUGGUCCACAUGCCUGGAGACGCCCCAUACUGCACCCCGGAGCAGUACAAGGAGUGUGCAGAUCCUGCCUUGGACUUUCUUGUCGAGAGAGACAAUGACUACUGUGUGUGCGAGACGCCAUGCAACUUGACACGCUACGGUAAAGAGAUGUCCUUUGUCAAGAUACCCAGCAAAGCUUCAGCCAAGUACCUUGCAAAGAAAUUCAACAAAACAGAGCAGUACAUAGCUGAUAACAUUCUGGUUCUGGAUAUCUACUUUGAAGCGCUGAACUAUGAAACCAUUGAACAAAAGAAAGCCUAUGAAUUGGCAGGCCUUCUGGGUGAUAUUGGAGGUCAGAUGGGUCUCUUCAUUGGAGCCAGCAUCCUCACUAUUCUUGAACUCUUUGACUAUCUAUAUGAGGUGAUCAAGUACAAGCUGUGCCGAUGCAUGAAGAAAAAACACAAAGGCCGCAACAACAAUGAUCGGGGAGCUGUGCUGAGCCUGGAUGAUGUGAAACGCCAUGCUCCUUGCGAGAAUCUGCGUACACCAUCAACAUAUCCUGGCAACAUGCUACCUCAUCACCCAGCCCAGGCCAACUUUGAAGACUUCACUUGCUGAGCAGACCCGGGUGAAGCAUUAAAGUGCGUGUUAUGCAACCAAAGCCAACCGUACAACAAGAACUGUCCAACAGGGGGAAUGUGAGGAACUGAUGCAAAGUCUAACAGAGGCACUUUUUACAUAGAAACAGAGUAAAGCAGACAACUGAAAUAUGACAAAUGUGGUGAACGCACUUUCACCCAAGGAAAAGUGGAGAGGAAAUCCGCAUACAAAAUUAUUUGUUAAUUUUUCAGAGGACAAUUCACGCAGCAUUCUAAACUCUUCUAUCUCAGCGUUUUCCUCUGGAAUACUGCCGAAAAGGAUGCUCACGGAGAAACCUUGCCAACAUGGACCUCUCUUUCAAGAGACAAAAAAGAUGAGAAAAAAAAAAAGAAAAUACAAGGGAAAAUGUACAGUAAUCUCACCAUAGACAGCAGAUCAGAAAAAGAGCCCCCAUGCCUUUAUAUAACACAGCAACUCAUGAUGGUUUCACACAACACCGGCCUGCUAGCGGGACAAAUAUUCAUACUGCUUAACUCACUGUACAUGUAGCAACAUCUGUAAUUGCUGCAGUGCAUCAUGCAGUUGGACUCUGUGUCGUCUAUAUGAGAAUGUAUCUCUGUUUGCGGUGAGUGUAGUCGGGUGUGUGGGGAAGUUUUCCAGGGUUUGUGGUAGAGGUGCAUCUUCUACCAUUUGAAAUGUAUUGGUGAUGAUUUCAGGUCUCAUCGUGUAAAUGCAUGCUUGUAUUUGUCCAGUGCAUGUUUUUCAUUUCAUUUCUAGUUUUGAUUUUACACACACACACAUACACACAUGUAUGGCUUUUAAUUAUAUGCAUACAUAUAAUUGAAGGUUUGCCUCAGUAGUAUACAGGAAAAGCAUGUGACAUGUUUAUUUCUGUUUAUGCGUGUAGGUAUGCAGUGUGUGUGUGUCUGUGUGUGUGUACGUGUGGGCUCACGUGUGUUCAUGGAUGCCAACAUCAGUACCCAAGUAGGUGCUGUGUGUGUUUGUUGAUUGCAGAAAUGGAUGAGCUGCACAUAAUUUCAUUCUUUAUGGUUUUUUGUUUUUUGUUUUUUUUUUUAUUUGAUGACUCGAAUAGUCUUCAGUCAGCUUCAUUCACUCUUUUCUCAACUGCAGGAUGAAGUGAGGUGAAUUUUUUGAGAGUCGAUUGGUGAAAUCCUCAGAGUUUUGUGGGGCUGUUAAUUCUUUCUGUAUCUGUGUUCUAGUCGCAAAAGUCUUAUCAAAGCACAAUACCGCCAGUAUGUAGAGGUGAUGUAAAAGACAAUGUACUAUUCCUCUUGAUAUAUUGUCAUAUUAUUAAUAUCGUGUUUAUUCGACUGUUUUUCGGUUGUUUUUUCUUUCGUAUAAAACCAACUUGAUAUUGCCUGAUAAUCCUGUCUCCAUCUUCGAGGUAAUAGGGUGGUCUAUUUAGUUAUCAAAGCAUAAAUAAAAUGUACAUAUAAAUUUGGAAAUUGUUAUUCUUCUGAGGUUUUAUUCUUAUCAGUGAACUUCCUCUUUGAUGCCUUUGUUUGUCUGUUUGGUUGAAUAGGUAAACAGACGCAAUGCAGUGUAUUUUUCAACUCCAGAUACUGUGCAAAUAUUCAUUUUUAUCACAAGUAGCUCUCAGAAAAUCUGAUAUGCAUUCUACACUUCAUCUAAGGCGUUUUGCUAUCCCUAUUUCCUGUAAUCAAUAUUUUAUCUUGUGUUUACAACUUAAAUCAAGCGCAGGGUUUGGGGGCAAGAGUCUGGUAUUAAAAUAGAUAUUACUUAUCAACUUCAACAAUUCAUUUGUGCUGCAGUUUAACAGCUGCAAGCCACAACAUUGGUGUUUUGGAGCUUCACACUCUUGAAAUGUAAUUACGGUUUCAGCUGCUGUGUGACAGUAGGAUGGAUGGAGAAAUAUCCUGCACAGCCAAUACAAGUUUUAUCAAGACUGUCAGUCAGCCGGCAGCAGAACAUUAUGGACCGCUUCUCCUGUAUUCUACUGUACAUCUGGUGCUGCCGACUGCCUCACUUAUAUUAGAAAAGCGGCUCAGUGAUGCAUGACACUGUGAAUAUUGGAGCCCAGUAAUAUGCCCUUAAACAUGGUCUGCCUUGAAAUCAUGUUUGUUGCUCAGUCAGCUGCACAUCAGUCCGCCGCUACCAGAGAUUAAGGGUUAUUCUAGGACGAGAGGUUUACUUUUGCUUUAUCAUUUUUUUUUCAAGAAUACCAAAAUACUUCUAGUGGGAAACCAAACAUCAACAUUGUUUUAUCAAAUGUGAGUGUGCAUUCAUUUUUUUAUUAUUCAGAAGAGAAACCUCAACUGGUAACCACACAUUAAUAUAAAAGUGUUAAAGCUCUCGGGAACCGACUCCAACAUCUGAUGAAGAUUUUUCCUUUUUUGAAUAUCUGACACAUGACUCUGCACCCCUGACAGUUUUAUUAUUUUCUGUUGUACCUGCCACAAAGACAAGUUAAUCAAAAAAUAAAAGAUGAUGUUA